AUGUUGAGGAUGUCAGAAGAUCACGUGCUUCCUGAGCUGAACAAGAUGACUCAAAAAGAUAUCACAUUUGUUGCUGAUUUUCUUACUGAACACUUCAAUGAGGCACCAGAACUUUACAAUCGCAAAGGAAAAUACUUCAAUGUGGAGAGAGUUGGACAGUACUUGAAAGAUGAAGAUGAUGAUCUUGUGUCACCACCUAAUACAGAGGGAAACCAGUGGUUUAACUUUCUUAAAAACAGUACUCAUCUUAAAGAAAGUCCUCUUCUGUUUCCCUAUUAUCCUGAGAAAUCACUGCAUUUUGUCAAAAGGCAAAUGGAAGGGGUCAUUGAUCAGUGUUUACAAAAGCCAGCAGAUGUAAUAGGAAAGUCAGUGCAUCAAGCAGUUUGCAUGUCUCUUUACAAAACUUCUCAAAGUGAAGAUUCCACACCUCAAUUAUUUAAGCUACCAUUUCUAUGGAAUGACAAAACAUCCGAUAUACAUUAUGUUCUCUUCACCAUAUUAGAGAAUUCUGUUUCUAAGAUAUACAUUUUGAGGAGACAUACUGAUACUUCUAGGUCUGUCAGUAAUGGAAUUCUUGCAGUGGAGUUUGGAAACUUCUUGAACAACACUAUAAAUGAGAGCUCAGACUCCAGAUGCUACAGUUGUUUAGAUGCACACUUCUAUGAUGAUGAAACUGUAACUGUAGUUCUGAAGGAGACUGUGGAACAAGAGGGGAAGGAGAGAGUCUUGGCUCAGCUGCCAUUAUCUUCAGUAUAUGCAGAUGAGGACCCAGACAGGGAAUUCAUCUGGGAUUCUAGUAAAAGGCUGGAUGAGCAAAGUGGGGACAUACCCACACGUACUGUCUUCUUGGAGAAUCAGUGGAGGGUGCUGGAGAAUAUGAAAGCUCAGUAUGUUUCUGUAAAUGGCAUUAGAAAAGUUUCCUGCGUGCUAAGUUCAAAUCUCCGUCACGUGAGGGUGUUUGAGAUGGAUGUAGAGGAUGAUGGGGAAGCUGAGGAAGAAGAGGAAGAAGAAACGAUUCAGAUUGCAGCUGGGGAACCUGAUGAGCUAAAUCGGUCUGCGGACAACCAGGACAAUGUAUGUGGUGCGUCUGCUGAAGAACUACCUGAUGAAACUGAAGAACCUGAAUCAAGUCUGGAUCCUUGA